AUGAAUCUUUCCGUAACUACUCCUUACAAUGCUGAUUUUGACGGAGAUGAAAUGAAUUUGCAUUUACCACAGUCGUUAGAAACAAGAGCGGAGAUUGAGGAGAUUGCAAUGGUGCCAAGGCAACUUAUCACUCCACAGUCAAAUAAACCUGUAAUGGGUAUCGUGCAGGACACAUUAUGCGCAGUGCGAAUGAUGACAAAGCGAGAUGUUUAUAUUGACUAUCCCCGUAUGAUGGAUCUACUCAUGUACUUACCAACUUGGGAAGGCAAAGUUCCACAGCCAGCCAUUAUGAAACCGAAACCGUUGUGGACGGGAAAACAGCUUUUUUCGCUUAUCAUUCCCGGAAACGUGAAUGUGCUGAGAACACAUAGCACCCAUCCAGACGACGAGGACAGUGGUCCUUAUAAAUGGAUCUCGCCUGGUGAUACGAAGGUGUUGGUCGAACAUGGAGAACUAAUUUCUGGUAUUAUUUGCUCAAAAACAGUUGGGCGUUCUGCUGGUAACCUUCUUCACGUCGUUGCUCUUGAGCUUGGACAUGAGGUGGCCGCUAAAUUCUAUUCACAUAUUCAAACCGUCAUAAAUGCAUGGUUGCUAGGAGAGGGCCACACUAUUGGCAUAGGUGAUACCAUCGCCGAUCAAGCAACAUAUCGCGACAUCCAGGAUUCGAUUCGAAAAGCGAAGCUUGAUGUGAUUGACGUCAUUGAAAAAGCUCACAAUGAUGAUCUUGAACCAACGCCUGGUAAUACGCUGCGUCAGACUUUUGAAAAUAAAGUGAACAGAAUUUUGAACGACGCUCGUGAUAAAACAGGAAGCUCAGCCCAAAAGUCUCUGUCCGAUUUCAACAACUUCAAAUCCAUGGUAGUAUCUGGCUCGAAAGGAUCUAAAAUUAAUAUCUCCCAGGCAAGUGGAUGUAUCGUACAUUUUAUACUGCCAUACUUAUCUAUCAAUUCUCAGGUCAUUGCUUGUGUCGGCCAACAGAACGUUGAAGGAAAGCGUAUUCCAUUCGGUUUCCGUCAUCGGACGUUGCCGCACUUCAUUAAGGAUGACUAUGGGCCAGAAUCGAAAGGGUUUGUGGAAAACUCCUAUCUUGCUGGACUGACUCCUGCUGAAUUCUUCUUCCACGCUAUGGGAGGUCGUGAGGGUCUAAUUGAUACUGCCGUAAAAACGGCCGAAACUGGAUACAUCCAGCGUCGUUUGAUCAAAGCUAUGGAGAGCGUUAUGGUCAAUUACGAUGGAACGGUGCGAAACUCGUUGGCACAAAUGAUCCAGCUGAGAUAUGGAGAAGAUGGAUUAGAUGGCAUGUGGGUAGAAAAUCAGAGCAUGCCUACUAUGAAGCCAACAAACGCGUUGUUUGAACGAGAUUUCAAGGUAUUUUUUACUGGUCAAACUGUGACAAAAAAA